GUUGUUGUUGGCAACAAAGAGUUUCAUGAGGUUGAGUUUGUAGGUGUAAAAAACACUUUGAAGUUCAGCAAAAGUGUUGAAAAAGUUGUUGUCCUUGAUAAUGCUAUAAACAUCAAAAAUUUUUACAACGAAGUCACUAAUGUUGCUGCACUUUUUGAGGGAGUUGAAGUCAAAGAUGAGGGCAUCAACGAGGCUAUCAAUGAAGGAAUAAUCAAGCAUGAUGCUGAUGCCAUUAAAGUGUUAGAUGAGAGUGAUGAUCUUAUAAUUGAUUUUAUUGGUGUUGACAAUUUGUAUAGUAGAAGGUCUAGUUCAUUAAAGCUUAGCUUUGAUGACAUUGGAUACAAAAUAUUUGAAUAUAUCAAUUGGGUUAUUAGCUAUCUAAAUGAUG